UUUGAAAUUGUGCUGGCUAAACCGCGUAUCGUGAAGCCUGCAUAAUUAUUACUACCGCAAGUAGUCUGGGAGAAGCCACCAGCCGUUGUGUCAUCAGAGAAUUAAUGUGACAGCAAGUUUCUAUUGACUGAAUGAACCGAUGCACUAGAUAAUGACCAUGGAGAUGGGGGAGACAUCUUUGGAGAAGCAGGUGCAACAGUUGAAGGCCCAACUGGACCAGAAGGGCGGUGACCUGAUGCUGGCUGCUGAGAUCGGCAAGAAGCUCUUGGAGCAGAACCAAGAUCUGGAGGAUCGCCUGGAGCAGCUGGCCCAGGAUCACAUCAAGAGGGUGGAGCAACUGGAGCAGGACAAGCAUAGCCUGCAGCUGAAGCUGGGCGCCAAGGAGCAGACGGAGCGCUCCCAGCUGGCUGAGCUGGACGGCCUGCGGGAGGCCCUGCAGGCCCAGCGGGAGGCCUGGCGGGGCAGGGAGAGGCAGGAACUGGCCCAGGCCAAGGAGGUGCAGCGGAUGGCCGGCCGGCUGGAGGAACUGCAGGUCAGCCUGGAGCGGGCCGCCAUGACAGAGGAGCAGCUACGCAAGAGGAUUGAACACCAGGACGAGUUGCUUAAAGAAGCCAACAAUAAGCUCAGCUCCAUGGAGUUGGCACCCAGCCAGAACGAUGAGCAACUCGACCACCUCCAACAAAAACUGACCACGGUCAAGUCUGCCAAGGAUGCCCUAGCCAUGGAGUUGAAAGACGCCAAGGAUCACUGCCAGCAGUUGGCGUUCACAGAUGAGGUCCAGAAACAGCGACUACAGAGCCUGCAGAAUGACAUGGAGGAGAAAGAACAACAGGUCACAGGUUACUUCAACCUGCUGGAGAAAACUCGGGAGGAGGUGUCCGAGCUACAGAUCCAGCUGGACAUUGCCAAGAUGGAAGCCACUGAUAUUAACAAGAAAGGAAACUCACUCUUUGCUGAGGUGGAGGACAGGCGCAAGGAAGCAGAGAAUAAAAUGAUAUCGUUGAGGGUGCAGUACCAAUCCACCAAGGAGCAGCUGAACAUGAAGAAACAGCAGGUGCACAAGAUGAGAUUCCAAAUAGCGGCCCUGUUGCAGAUGGGCGGUGGGCGGGCUGAUACCUCCCAGAGGGAGCGAUUGGAGCAGAGUCUUGCACAAAGCCGGUCUGAGGUUCACAUGCUGACCGAGAAGAUCAAAGUGUUGGAGAAAGGAAAGGCCAGCGAAGGGAUGGGUCACCAGUAUGACGAAUACAAGAGACUAUUCGGUGAAUCAGACAAACCCGACCUGCUGGAGUUUUUACAGCACAAGCUCAAGAUGGCCAAAGAAGAGACUGAAGAGGUCAGGAAAGAGCUCCACACGCAGCAGCUGCUGCAGAUUGCCGCCAGCGACAAGCUGAUGGACUGCGAGCGGCGCCUGUACAGCGCCGAGACCGAGACGGACCGCACCAGGGCGGCCAACAUGAAGCUGCUGGUCACGCUGGACGAGCUCAAGCUGAAGCUGAAUGCUAAAGAGAAUGGGUCCUCAAAAUCUAAAGUCAGCACCAGCUAUCGCGAAAAAAUCUGCUUGAAGAAACCAAAUGGAAACCAAAAGUCCUCAGAUAGGGAAGUCAAGGAACCGGAAGAUGUCCUCACAACAGAUGCGGCUGAAGACAACAACGGGGAAAACGCUCCAUCAGGAACAUCUGCAGUGGAUGGGAAUCAAACUGCACCCCUGGAGCAGAAGCCACCAAUGAGGGAUGAUGUCUCAUUUAUCUCGACCAAUGAACAAGGAGCAAACAGGAGGCAGGAGGACUACAUCCUGAAGUCAACCAAUCAAAACGUAGGGCCCCCCACUGUAUCUCCGACUGGCGUGCCCGUCAAGAAGCAGCCCAAGAAGUCGGUCUCCAUGUGCGAGACCGUCUCGGUUCUUGGCUCCACGGGCAAGGUGGAUCUGAAGUCACAGUUUUCCUUGAAGUCGGGGGCGGAGCGGAACCAGGGGGGAGGAGACGACAACUCGCUCGGUGAGGAGAACACUGAGCCGAGGGCGGGGCACGACAUGGGCGGGGCAGGGUCCCGAGGUGCGAGGCACGGCGGCAAGAAACACCACAGGGUGGUGCACAUGAAGAGCAACAACACUGCAGAAUGUAAACAGCAGUGAGUAUGACUGUGUCGUACUGGAGGACAGAGGCAGUUUCUAGUGUUGCCCACAUUGUUGAGCCAUCUGCAACCAUAACUAUGGGAAAGGGCUAUUUUUUGAGUAACCAUAUUGUCAAAUCUGCGUGAGGAGGGCCUCCGUAUGUGUGGAUGCUACAGAUCUCAUGUCCAGCAUGCCUAUUACAACCUGCAUUUUUGAGAUAAUGAAUACCCAAAUAAUGUGCUCUUAUUGUGGUUAUCAACUUGUCGGUAUCCUUGGACUCCCUGAGCCUGGUUGAGUACCGACAAAAAUCAGAAAGAAAAUUCAAAGUUGAAAUUCAAAUGCAGAGCAACAGUUCUCUGGUUCUUCUAAGAAUUUGCAAAUUUCAUCAAACCAUUCAGACUUUUUGCUGAAAAUGUAGGUAGAUUCAUUUGGUUUUAUACUCGAAAAAGCAGUGUUGACCUUGUCACAAGUUACCAAAUUUUACUAGUGCUUGCAAAAUUUACAUGUUAAGUGAAAGAGAAUUUUUUUAAGCUUGGGUAAAGAAAUUCAUGAGAAUUUUUUUUGGGGGGGUUGGGGCUGGGGAAAUCAGAAACAAUGCCUUGAAUUUCUCAUGACCUUGCAGUGUGCUCAGAUGUCUUUCUGAACAUUUCUUAGAAAUUUCAAAAGGAAACAGUCCAAAGAACUAACAGUCCAAAAUAGACACUUUGAGGUGAUUAACUCCUUACAAUUUUUGUAAAACUUAUUUAACCAUUAUCCAAAUACACAUAUAUUGACAGCACAAGGGAAUGUUUAGUUCCUAAACUCCUGUGCAGAAGCCCUCCCCCCCCCAAAAAAGUUGUAAAACUUAGGGCUGAAAUUUGCAAAUUCUGCCCCAAGUGCAUUUUAUACAUUUAGUCUACAGAACAGUUGUUGCGCUACUCCUAAAAUGGUUUCAUUUUUGACAUCUUGGGGAAAAAAAUCUGGAGAAAAAUCACCAUGCUGGAAUUUGUACAGAGGCGUUGAAAAUAUACACGUUCUCUCCUUUAAUUGAUUUUUCACACACCGCAAGCUUUAUUGCAUCAAAAGUGAAAUACAUAUAUUGCUGCACUUCUUCACAACAAAUGAAAUAUUUGUUAACUUUAAAAACACUGUGGUAAUAAACACCUUUAUGAUAAACUGGACGGAACUAAAAUUUAAAUCGUGGAAUCCAAUAAAGGACAUUGAAACUUGUACAGCAAAACA